AACAUCGCCAUGGAUGGAAGGCAGAUGAUUCGGGUUCUUCUCUUUGGACUUAUUUCCUGUAAUCUCUGCUCCAUUUCUGCUUUAACGCUGGAGACGAUUGUACGACCUGGAGACAACAUCACCCUCUACUGUGACUGCACCCGGUCCACUGGAGUACAUAUAGUAUGGUUUAGAAACUGUUCCCAUGAACACCAGCCGACUCUUGUAGUGAAGACAGUUGGAGACAUAGAGUAUGUAAAGGAAAGGGAAAACUUGUUCCCUCAUUUUAAAUUUUUAAAGAACGAGUCGUCCAACUCCUAUGACCUGCUGAUCAUAAAUGUCACUGGAUCUGAUGAAGGACGUUAUUACUGUGGAACAACUGAGCCAAAGGUGGAGAAAGAUGAAAACAUGAAACAUUUCAUGAAAAAUGUCUACAUCUAUGGAAACAUCACCACAAGGAUCACAGUCUAUGCAGGGACAGUGGAGGAGUGGGGUUUGUGCUGGAAGCUGCUAUUCUCUGUCUGUCCUGCUGUUUUUAUUCUCUCAGCUCUCUUCUCACUUUUGGUCUACCUGCAUUGCAUGAAGCAAGCAAACCCUGAAGCUGAAAAUACAAGGUGUGACAUUUCCAGAAAAAAAGAAGGAGGAGAGGAUCAAAAUGUGUGUUACGCUGCCCUAGAAAUCCAUGCGCCAUCACAAAGAGCAAAGAGGAAGAAGACCAUCCAAAGUUCAGAUUUCAGUACCUACUCUGCCAUCAAGAGAUGAGGAGAUUCUUACUAAACACAGAAACAGAAAAAGAUAGAAAAAAGAGCUUGUUAUGUUAUUCUUGUUUUUAACUUCCUCCCAAACUAAAGGCAAAAUUAUUUUUAAAAUGUCAUCAUAACUUGUUUUCUUUUUCUAGCCAGCUUUGUUUUGAUGUAAUUCC